AUGCAGACUAUUUACAACAUCAGCCAUGAUGACGAGUUAUCAGCGAUAGUAAACUAUAAUGCCCCUGCUGCAAUGUAUCUAAACGGAACGACUUUAAUUGGCGGAGGAGUUCUAAUCCUCACUAAAACAUUAACAGGAGAAUCGGUUGAAGUCAUAGAUGAACCUAAAUCUAACAAGACGACAGAUAUUAUUGAUGUGAAGGUCGUUCAAGUCGCGUUCUGCAUUUUAUACACAGUAAUCUUCGUUUUAGGCGUAUUUGGCAAUGUUCUGAUGACAGAAUGGAACUAUUACUUUGUAUCAUUUUUCUUAGCUCAUUCAAUGGCGAUGGCCUCAACAUGCUACAAUCCAUUUUUAUAUGCAUGGCUAAACGAAAACUUUAGAAAAGAAUUCAAACAAGUUCUACCGUUUUUCGAGUCAACUGGUGGAGUCCGAAAUAGCUACCAUUCUGGCCGAAUGCCAACACAUAAAUCUGAUAAGGUAUGCAAUGGCAACGAUACUAUCCAGGAAACUUUAUUACCUUCUUCUUUCAAUAGAGGGCCCUCGAUAAAGCAGAGGAUAUUUGAAGGUAGUGGAAAGAAAGAUAAUGGAGUCGAAGUAGAGAAUAUAGUAUUGGAAGAUAAGACAAUAUCAGCAACAUUUCAUACGAAAACUGAAAAUAUAAAUUUGCAACUAAUAGAUGAAGAAUCACAGCUUAGUGAAUCAAAGGACCCGAAAUCUUCAAUGUGA